GCAACAUCGCCGCGGAGGCUGCGAGAGAAGCUGACAGCGCGGAGCUGGCGCUGCCGAGCGCAGGAAGCCGUGCCGGUUCCUUCAGCCGGCGUCUGCGAGGACAGUGGCUUCUGACCCGCUCGGGUUAGGGGAUUUGCACAGACGUGAAGCAAUGCUUGUGAUUCUGCGGCUCCUCAAAACAUUGAGAAGUAUGGAUGAGUCAUCCGGGCAAGGUGUCAUUCUCCUGUAAUUGGAAUAUUGCGAUGGACCGACUGUGUCCCAAGCCUGGAGCCGUAUGGGGAAGUGGAAACCUAUCCAUCCACAUCCCCUCUUAGGCAUCACCUUUGAGAGAAGAUGAACCUAACAGCUGAGGCGCAGGAUCUGCUCUCCUAAUUAGAACAUCAUUAGCAUCUUGAAAAAGCAUUUCCCGAAAUCCCACCCGUAACACAUUACUCCAGUGGCCCACCCCGCCCCCUUUUCUAAAAGAUGAUUAUAUCUCCCUUCUAUCUGCACACCCUGUUUUGUCCCCACCCCCCACCCCCAGUGGAAUCUUCCCAGAGUCUAAUCUUUCUCUUGGAUUCCAAAUCAUGUCCCCUUGGGCAGAGGUCUUGGCCUUCUGCUGCUAUUUCUUUAAAUUGAUCUCCAGCCGAAUUCCGAAUGUAAAGGUCAGCAGGCGAGGAAAUGGCACUUCUAAUAGAAAACAAUGUGCACUUUCUAAAUUUGAACCAAGCCGUUUCCGCUCUUUGAUUUAAGUGACUUCCUGGGGUUCCGUGUCAGGCCCUGCAGUUGAAUCUCUGGCAGGAUUCCAGCUUAAAAUUGCACUCUCUCAGUGAAAUUAGAAACUGAUCCAGGGUUGGCUUAGCUAUUCUAGUAAAUAGCAUUUAGGCGGAAUGUUCAGCUCAGCACUUGGAAAUGGGCGAUGUGAGUGCCCCUGGAGAGGAUUUCCCAUCCAAGUUGUCAGACGCUCACCUACCCCUGGGUUAUUAGCCGCUGGAGGUUGCUGCUCUUAGAAGUGCUGGUAAUAAGUUAAUAUCCUGGACGUGCAGGCAUCAGAUACGGCCCUUCCUUCUCUUGUGACUGAAAUAAAGGCUUGUGUUUAUCCAGCUGAUAAACCUGACGGGAGCACACAGGGGCUGUCUCUCGUGGUCACCACAUCCUCAGCACAGUGCUUGGCUCGCUGUGCUUCACUGUGUUCAGGAAACCCACACUGUGGCGCUCUGGGAGGGCGAUAAAGUACGGAGCACUUGCUGUAUGCCAGGCAAGACGUUAGGGACUGGAUGUCCAUUUUCCCAUGUAAUCCUCACGGGAACCCAUUUUAUAGUUGGCAAAACUAAGGCAUAGAGGCUAAAGAACCUCAUUCGUGGCAACACUGUUAGGCACAGGAGGGAGGAUUCGAACUGGGAUCUGAUUCCAGAGCCCGUGUUUAUCACCAUCGAGCGAUCUGUCUUAAAUGAGGAGCAUGGUUCCCAGGGACUACAAGAAUGAACUCAGGUUUGAGUCCUGGUUCUGCUACUGAUCGUUUUGUGCCAUUAUGGGCCAAUUACUUUGAACAUUAGGUUCCUGUGACUAGAACAGGGGUAAUAAUAGUAGGAAUGUUUCAAGGUUAUUGUGAAGAGUCAGUGACUUGAUAGUCAUGGUACUUGUAAAGAGCUAAAUAAGUGUAAUUCCUACCACUUACCAUUACUGUUGUUGUCAUUAUUAAUCAUCUAAGCCUUAAUUCUGGAGAUUCCGCCAAAGGAAACCAGUUCCCACUUCAUUUGGGCUCCCAAGCACCUGAUGGGGACGGGGGUAUUAACAGGCCAAACACUGACGCCUGGAAUCCAUUCUCUCUUCCUCCCCCCACCCCCAGGGCCCCUAGAAGCCUGUUUCUCAGUGCUGUCCAGGACCUCCAGCCCCAUGGAGCCCCCGAUCCCACAGACCGCCCCCUUGACUCCCAGCUCAGUCAUGGUCCAGCCCCUUCUCGACAGCCGCGUGCCCCACAGCCGGCUCCAGCACCCACUCACCAUCCUCCCCAUCGACCAGAUGAAGACCAGCCACGUGGAGAACGACUACAUCGACAACCCUGGCCUGGCGCCCCCCGCCGGCCCCAAGCGGACCCGGGCUGGGGCCCCGGAGCCGGCCUCCACGCCUGCCCGCUGUGACCAGGACGCCACCCACCACUGGAUCUCCUUCAGUGGCCGCCCCAGCUCCGUGAGCAGCAGCAGCAGCACGUCCUCCGACCAGCGGCUCUUAGACCACAUGGCGCCGCCCCCCGUGGCUGACCAGGCCUCCCCGAGGGCUGUGCGCAUCCAGCCCAAGGCCAUCCACUGCAAGCCGCUGGACCUCAAGGGGCCCGCAGCGCCUCCCGAGCUGGACAAGCACUUCCUGCUGUGCGAGGCCUGCGGGAAGUGCAAGUGCAAGGAGUGCGCGGCGCCCCGGACGUUGCCCUCGUGCUGGGUCUGCAACCAGGAGUGCCUGUGCUCCGCCCAGACCCUGGUCAACUACGGCACCUGCAUGUGCCUGGUGCAAGGGGUCUUCUACCACUGCACCAACGAGGACGAUGAGGGCUCCUGUGCCGACCACCCCUGCUCCUGCUCCCGCUCCAACUGCUGCGCCCGCUGGUCCUUCAUGGGCGCCCUCUCCCUGGUGCUGCCCUGCCUGCUCUGCUACCUGCCCGCCACCGGCUGCGUGAAGCUGGCCCAGCGCGGCUACGACCGCUUGCGCCGCCCCGGCUGCCGCUGCAAGCACACGAACAGCGUCAUCUGCAAGGCGGCCGCUGGCGACGCCCAGGCCAGCAGACCCGACAAGCCUUUCUGACAUUUGGGUCGAAGCCCCCGGCGCUCCCCUGGGAACUGGGUUCCCUCCUGACACCUGAGAAGACUGCAGCGAGGCCAGAGGUUCUGGCAUCAGAGGUGACCUUGCCAGGCUGCCACCCCAGCUUCGGAAGAAACAGAGACCCCCCCACCCCCCACCCCCCUCACCCAGUCUUCCCCAAGAGGAAGCGGCAGCACUGUGGGUUUUUUGCGGGUCCUGGAACUUGGCGUGAAACAGACAGCGGCAGGGGCAUGGUGUGCCUCGGGGUGGUGGGGGGAAGAUUCUUCUUUUCCAGAAGACAGAUGUGGCCACAUAGCCGGAAGUUGCAGCUGCUUGACUGCCUUCCCAGCUCUCCCUCCUCCCUCCCUGCCUCCCCCCUUUCCCAUUCUUUUUAGCUGCCUGGGAGGAACCCGUAACAGAGUGGCCAAGGGACCUUUGAAGACAACCGUGCAGUCUUGAUGGCUGUAUCUUUUCUCCUCCCCGACCCCACGGCUUGCCUGACAUCCUGGGGAAGGUGUGGACCCUGGCUGGCAGUCCCUGUUGUAUAUACUUGGGAGCCCUUGAGAAGAGAGGUCGGCCAGCGAGUCCAGGCCUCGCUCCCUCUCUCUGUCUCCUGGAGCCUCGGAUGGAUUCAGGAGCCACUACACAGAGCACCUCUCCCUUCCAGCUCCAUCCCUCGCGGGGUUGUUGCGCUCUUAACACCGUCCUGCGGCUCUCACUGAGUCACAGACUCGCCUGCCUGCUUCUUGUCCUGAGUUCUCUCCACCCAGAUCCUUCCCAGAAACUUGAUGGGUCGAGAAGCCCAGGGCGGCAAAUGCAAGACCAAAUACCAUUUUGCCAAUGAGUCUGAGGCUGUGGUCUCUGGACCCGGUCAUUGUGUUUUUAUAGAGUCGUUAAACCAGAUGCUAACGGUGUUUUAGAAAAUAAUAAUCAAACACUUGCUUCCUUUUGGGCCACCCCCAGGAAGGGCUGAUUUCAAAAUCUGGGGGGGCGAGCAACCUUAAGGAACACAACCCCCCUCCCCACCAAGAAGAGGAUUUUAACAGCAAAGAAGAGAGACAGCACCUCGCGUUGGCAGAGGGACAGUGGAGCCGAGAUGGGUGCCGGUUUCUUCUCUUCUGAUUCUGCUGCUUGCUGUCAUGGCCUUUGAUGUACAGUGAUGUGUCUGUAUCUUUAAUGUAAAUAGACAGAGGAUGGAAAAGAAGAGUCUAUUUUAGUGUUAGGAAGCCCUGGUGGGGGAGUCAGAAGAAUGCGGGUGGGGGGAAGAUUCUCCAGGGGCUUCUUGGGGUUGAGCCCUGCUUCUGUGCAUGGCCACGCCACCCCCUCCCGACAGCCCCCCAAGACGUAGCAACUCUUUCUCUCAAGGUGCUAAAGAACUCGGAAAGUGCAGCACGUCCGGUGGGUAGGUACUUGUUGCAUGCAGACGCUGUCGUGUCUGGUCCUUCUCCCUAGUGUUGUGCGGGGUUCUUGCUUCAUGUGGUAUUUUGUGUCCCCCUCUACCCUCUCCCACAAGAGGAAGUGGCCUGGGUCAGAAAAGCCACCCCAGGGGAAACUGGAAGUGCAGUAGGUGUAGAGCGCUUGUCGCAUUUCCAGUUUGUCCUGGAGGAACACAAACGGCCUCCAGGAAGGAUGCGAGGAGGCACGUAGCUGUGAUUGGGUGCACCCAGCGCUUCUCGAGAAACGUCCCCUCCCCCUUGAAGACUAGUAGUAACAUCUUAUGAUUUUAGAAUAAGUUAAUUGUAACCAUAGGUAUUUAUUGAUGGGUGGAGAGGAGGGGAGGGUCUUAUUAUUUUUAAAAGGCUUUAUUUAUAUAACAUUUGCUAGCUUGUAAAAGGCAAAUAGGAAAUACUGCAUCUGCGUUUUCUAUGGCUGAUUCACGUAGCUACCCGUGCCACAGUCGGGAUGGAUGUAUGGAUCUUGCACAAAUGGAGGGGAUGGUAGGGAAAAAACACAUUCAGCCAACCACUUACGCUAAUUGAAUGUAUCAGACGUGUACUGAAGACUGGAGGUGUUUUCCUCAGAAUAGGUUACCCCUAAAACGAGAGGGCACACCUCCGCUCUUGGGGAGGCCUCGGAAUGUUCCCAGAGCCCCUCCCUCAGAUGUCUCCAUGGGAAACUUGACCCGGUGGCAAGUUGCACUUUGGUGAUGGUGUUCUGCACACCCGUUCUGUGGAGAAUUGAUUUAUAUAAGCUGUGUAUACACACACACCUACCCACCCACCCUCUCUCUACAUAGACCCUGUUUCUGGCAAACAGCCUCCUGAACCCUGACUUUUUGUGUACAUAGUUGUAAACAGAUUUUUCUGGAUUUUGGUUUUCUUUUUCCUUUUUUCUCCCCUGUUUUGGCUUACUCUUGAGUUUGCAUUUAACCUGCUAGAUGGAUGUCUGCAGAGCUCUCGGUGUCCUGUGUGCUCCGGGGGGGAGGGAAGGAGCGGACAGCCUGGUCCCUCGCCCAGCUCUGUUGCAUUGCAGUCCCUCAGCAUGUUUUUUCUCGGCUUCUUGGAAAAACAAACACAAGAAAACUGGCUUGCUGUGGACCAGUCAGGAGCCACCAAGGGACCCAGCUCUCAGUAAAAGGACACAUUCCUGGGGCCGCUCCGGCUGAGAGUGUUUCCUGUCACCCAUGGCUUGCUUGGCUAAAUUAGUCCUCGUCUUGAUCUUUUUUGAGAAAUGCCAGCUGGUUUCCACGUCUCUUCAACCUGGAGUGGGUGGUGGUUCUGCCUGGAGGUGGGGGCACAAGCCUGGGUCCAGGACACUCGUCCUAGGGGGCCUUGGUGCUCCCCCCACCCCAAGGGCGGUUUGUGGAAGCCCAACGCUCCAGCAAGCGCCCUGGGAAACGUCUAGGACAGCAAAGCCCUCUCAGGUCCAUGACUGCACAGCCAAGGCUUCGACAGCUGGAAGGAGGCGGAGACCAGUUCCUCCUGACAGAUGGCCACGUGGCUCGCCUGGUCCUCUCAGCGUCCUGAAGUCUGCGUGGGUCCCCGCUGUGCAUCUAGGGGGAGACCUAGACAGACAGUGACUUGUCCAAGGUGGCACAACACGGGAAGUGUUGGUUGGGACCAGCACCCGGAAGCUUGUCACCUUGAAGCUCCAUGUUCUCCCAUGCUGCCCCGGGAGACACCCAGUGGGGUGCGGGCAGCACCACUCCGCACUGUACAAUUCCGUUCCCUAGGGCGUCCCGCCCACGCCCUGGCCUUCCGGCUCCUGCCUUCGGUAAGCAUUUCCAUGCCCUGCUUACUGUGACGGUUGAUGACAAUUCCUGCGCUGCCAUUCUUGCUGUGGGUGACUCCGUGUGGUGUCUGAUCUCGCUUUCGCUUCUCACUGCCGCAGUGUGGUUUCCUGUUACAAACGGGAAAGCUGUCCGAGGUUCCCAUCCCACCGCACCUCUGACUUACUCCCCCACUCACUGUAGCCCCUUCUCACCCCACAACAAAGUUACCACAGAAGGUCCCCUUUGUAUAGAAUAUUUAUUUUGAAGCUCUAUUUUAAUAGUAUUUAUUUUAGAAAGUCUACUAUUGUAAGAGUUCUUCUGUUUGUGAAGAAAAAAAACAAGUUAAAACUGAAUGUACUGAUUUAGAAAAUAUAU